AUGGCCCAACCUCUCGAUGUUGAAUUCAAUACAAUUGAUGGAGUCACUCUGCGUGGUUGCCUAUACCCAGCGAAUCAAAGAGGGCCUGGUGUUGUGAUGACCUCUGGGCUUAUUUGUGUUAAAGAAGCUUUUGGUUUACCAAAGGUAGCGCGAGAUUUCCAGAAGGCUGGGAUCACAGCCCUUAUCUACGACACGCGGACUGUUGGACAGAGUGGUGGUCACCCACGCAAUGAUAUAGAUCCCUAUAAGCAGAUCGAGGAUUGCUCAGAUGCCCUCACAUUUCUUGCCAAUCACCCGACGGUAGACCCAUCACAAGUUGGCCUUUGGGGGGUUUCCCUUGGCGGAGCAGUGUCCCUUUGCUGUGCUUCCUUAGAUCCUCGCAUUCGCUUUGUGAUUAGCGCCUGUCCGAUACUCAAAUGCGAACAGAGAAAGGAAAGGCUCCCACAGCUGCUAGCAAAGGCCGUGCAGGACCGGGAGGCACAGAUCAAGGGUAAUCCGCCAUUUUAUCACUUAGCUUUCGCAGAACGCCGGGGGACUAUAGGCUCUUCACCAUUUUUGGGGGCCCAUCACGCUGGAUUAAAAGAUUUGAGCAUAAAAGACCCUCUUAAUCCUACAUCUGAACACAAGCUCAAUCAUGAGGUCUCCUUUCUCCCAAAUCCACCAAACGCGGCAACCAUUCAAACGACAUAUAGAUUCUUAAUGUGGAAUCCAUUCCCCAUAUUGGAACAUCUGCACUCAACCCCUGUUCUUUUCAUUAUUCCGGAGGAGGACGAGUUUAUACCCCCCAAUGUGCAGCUUAAAUACUUUGACGAUCUCCAGGGACCCAAGCGACUGCAUUUGGAGAAAGGUAGUAUCCAUACCAACAUCUUUGAUAGGGAGGGCAACCAGGAGAUUUUGAACAAACAGGUAGAAUUCGUUCGAGAUGCAUUGAAUGGAUGUGUGGGAUCUAAAGAUCCCAAAUAUUAG